UGACAGUAAUUUUAUUUUGUUGUUUGAAAACUUCAACAUUUAAUGCGGCAUCUGAAUUUUCCAAUUAUUUAUUGAGAAAGUGUAACUUAGAAAAUAGAAUUUACUCAACCUCACAAACAUGGCAUCGAAACGGAAACCAGAAAGUCAAAUUCCGGCUGAGGAAAGUGAUUUAUUGCUGAUACGUCCACUCGGAGCUGGACAAGAAGUCGGACGAUCUUGUAUAAUGCUUGAGUUUAAGGGGAAGAAUAUUAUGCUCGACUGUGGAAUACAUCCCGGUCUAUCCGGAAUGGAUGCUUUGCCAUUUGUUGAUUUAAUUGAAGCGGACGAAGUUGACUUAUUAUUUAUCUCACAUUUCCAUCUUGAUCAUUGCGGUGCACUUCCGUGGUUUUUACAAAAGACAAGUUUCAAGGGACGCUGUUUCAUGACACAUGCAACGAAAGCCAUUUAUCGAUGGAUGUUGUCGGAUUACAUUAAAGUCAGCAAUAUAUCGACGGAACAAAUGUUGUACACCGAAGCUGACCUGGAAGCGAGUAUGGAGAAAAUUGAAACAAUCAAUUUCCACGAAGAACGUGACGUGAUGGGCGUUAAAUUUUGGGCCUACAAUGCUGGCCAUGUUUUAGGCGCGGCAAUGUUUAUGAUCGAAAUUGCCGGUGUCAAAAUAUUGUACACCGGUGAUUUUUCGCGACAAGAAGAUCGACAUUUGAUGGCAGCAGAGAUUCCGACCAUGAAACCCGAUGUAUUGAUCACCGAAUCAACGUAUGGUACGCACAUCCAUGAAAAACGCGAAGACCGAGAAAGUCGAUUUACGUCGCUGGUGCAGAAAAUCGUGCAACAAGGCGGCCGUUGCUUGAUUCCAGUAUUUGCGUUGGGCAGAGCUCAGGAACUGUUGCUGAUACUGGACGAGUUUUGGAGUCAGACGCCGGAAUUGCAAGAAAUUCCAAUUUAUUAUGCAUCGUCGCUGGCAAAGAAAUGUAUGGCUGUGUAUCAGACUUACAUCAAUGCAAUGAACGAUAAAAUUCGCCGACAAAUUGCCGUCAAUAAUCCAUUCGUUUUCCGGCACAUAUCCAAUCUGAAGGGCAUUGAUCAUUUCGAAGACAUUGGACCGUGUGUUGUGAUGGCAUCACCUGGUAUGAUGCAGAGCGGUUUAUCUCGUGAACUAUUUGAGACAUGGUGCACAGAAGCUAAGAAUGGCGUAAUCAUUGCUGGCUACUGUGUGGAAGGUACAUUGGCGAAAACGAUUCUAUCCGAACCGGAAGAGAUAACCACAAUGUCCGGAACGAAGCUACCUCUAAACAUGUCCGUCGACUAUAUAUCCUUUUCGGCGCACACCGACUACCAACAGACGAGUGAAUUUAUUCGCUUGCUGAAACCGGAACAUGUUGUGCUCGUGCAUGGUGAACAGAAUGAAAUGUUACGUUUAAAGUCAGCCUUGCAGCGGGAAUAUGAGUCGGACAAAAAUGCCAACAUCACAUUCCAUAAUCCACGAAACACGCACAGCGUUGAACUGUAUUUUAGGGGUGAGAAAACGGCCAAAGUUAUGGGAAGUUUAGCUGUUAAGCGACCGGAAUCUGGAGACAAAUUGUCCGGUGUUUUAGUGAAACGCGAUUUCAAAUAUCACAUCCUGGCUGCAUCCGAUCUAUCAAAAUACACCGACAUGAGCAUGUCAGUUGUAACCCAGCGUCAGAGCAUCGCUUUUUCCGGAACAGUUGGUGGUCUGAAAACACUUCUCGAACGUAUUGGCGGUCCCGGUACUGUAGAGAUUCUCGACGUAGACACUAAAUUCAAGGUGUUCAACUGCAUUGAACUGACAGUCGAUGGUAAAAUACUGAUCAUGGAAUGGCAAGCAACACCGUUGAGUGACAUGUAUGCCGAUACGGUGCUAGCGAGCCUAAUGCAAACCGAAUUGGUGGGUAACACCAUCAAAUCAACGGGAACAGUUAAAGGGACUACCGAUCACUUCAAAGAAUGUUUGAUUGAAGCGUUGCAGGACAUUUUCGGCGAGAAUUCCGUUCCGAAGAUGUUUAAGGGUGACACCCUGACGGUGUCGGUGAAUGAGAAAGAAGCUCAAAUCAAUUUGUCUAGCCUGCAAGUUACCUGUCCGGAUGAUGACAACCUGAAACAAAUGGUAUCAGCAGCUGUGAAUAAAUUGCACCAGACAUUAGUUCAAACAUAAAGAAACAUCAACUUGUCUCCCUUCUUUUAAUAGAAAAUAAAUACAGAAUCGAAAUCGACAACGA